UCUUUUCCAAUGUGUAUUCGUCGCGAGGCAACAGUAUAGACGUUGCAGAUCACUUGAUUUGACCCACGCGUUGCCGCCUCCUUCCUUGCGACAACGUGUUCCGGACACGAGGCUCGCCGGCGUUUAGACACCCUAAGCUCCGACGUUUUUACGUCUCAUCUCAAUUCACGCCGCUGAGGUAUACACACUCGACAAGCGUCCUCGCAAUCACCGCCACAUACUACGUACCCCACAUCUCAUACCGCCCUCCACACACGCGCAUACCCCCCAAGAGUCCGGAACAGCCGGGGAGCCCAAACACCCACACCAGCGCAACCACAAGCCCCCCCAAAGCGCCAGCGCACGCAACAAUGUCAAGCCGCUUCGGCAGACAAGACGCGCGCGACGACCUCUUCAGCUCCUACAACCGCAGCGCCUCACCCUCGAAGUCGAAAAAAGCCAAGUCGCCAUACGGUGUGGGGGGCUAUGGAUUCGGGGGCAGCAAUGGGAGUGUGAAUACAGCGCAGGCGGACACGGGGUUUGGCGCGUAUCCCGGGAGUGGGCGGGGGAACGGGAAUGGGAACGGGAAUGGGAAUGGAUAUGGCAUGGGUUUGGGUGUGAAUGGCGGAGGAGGAGGAGGAUACGGAGACGACAACACGUUUCGUUCCGCUACGCCGAAUUCCCGCGGCCAGUAUAGUUCCGCGGUGCUGGAUGAGCUGGAGAGCCAGAAUGAUGAGCAGGUUGGCGUGUUGACUAGUAAGGUUAAGAUGCUUAAGGAUUUGACACAUCUCAUCGGCGACGAAAUCCGCGACUCGACCAGCCUCGCGGAGAAAAUGAACGAUCAGUUUGAGAACUCGAGGAAUAAACUAAAGGGCACGAUGAAUCGUAUGUUGAGGAUGGCGCAGAAGACGGGCGUGGGGUGGAGGGUUUGGUUGGGGUUUUUUGCGGCGGUUACGGUGCUGUUUUGGUGGGUGUGGUUGGGGUAG